UCAAACAAGAAGGACCGACGCCAUCGAGCCGACGCCUGUGAAGUCAGCGGCGAGGGCAGGGCCCGCCUUUCAGCCGUUUGUCAGCAGGCGCCGAAAGGCCCCGCUUCGUACACCUGAAAGCAGCGGCGGCUGAGACUAGAAAGCGGUGUGCGAACCAGUCCUCAGAUCCUCGCACGGAACAUGGGGGCCAGUUUGGUUUCCCAUGCUACUUAGGGUUUGAAGUCAGGCUCGAGGGUACAAUUACCUGCACCUUCUGCCACUUGCUUUCCGUGAGAACUCCAGCGCCAUUCGCCCAAGGCCGGUAACUCUUGAUCCGGAGGCGAGGUUUCUUGAUCCUGUCCUGCGCGGCCUGUCGGUCGCUGAACUCUCGAGGUUUGUGGUGGUUGUCGUCGUGGUUUGUCUUGAACACAGCGCAGCACUUGACAGCAGUGAGGAGUUUAUGCUUGAUUUCUCACCCGUGACAUCGACCUUCGACCUGGGCAGCGAGUCUUGACGUGUGUCGCUCAGUUGACAAGCCGCGCGCUCAUAAGAUCGUUCACAGGCCGCUGAUCUUCGCUUGGUGUUCACUCCGCCAUAAAGUUUGUGUGAGAGAGGGAGAGAGAGAUUACAAGAGAGUUUCGGGAACAUGAAGGGAUGUGAGUGGUUACUGUUGCUGGGGAUCCUGGCUCUCUUCAUGCAGGAGGUGAACGGGAAGUUGUUUUGUUUCCGGAGGGUCAAGAAGCAAGGACGUUGCGGAGGUCACCUAAAGGUCAGCUACGACAGUCCCGAGGAGUGCUGUGCUGGGAAAGGCGCUGGUUUUUUCAGCAAAAAGCAAAAGGUUGGUCGCAACAGAUUCGUCUGCACGCCUUGCACUGAUUUGCAAACACCGUCUGACAGACAAGGGGACGUGUCCCCCAAAGCAAAGCAGCUCAACCGGAAACCUGGACAAAAGCAGCCGGUCCCCGAGACUACAACAGAAAGUAAAACAACCACACAGCAGACGACCACAACCACGACCGUACAGGAUUGGCUCAGACCUGAAAACGAUCACCCGGCGAGUCACUACGUGUCCUUCCGCCGCCCGGACGACGACGUGGACAGGGUGGAGUGGUCGCAGUGGAGUCCCUGUAGCGCCUCGUGUGGGGCUGGCUGGCGCUCGCGCUACAAGAUCUGCGACAACUGCGACAAGAACGACCCGGAGAACGUCAUGUCGCAGCCAUGCAUGGUGAACUUCUACUGCAACGUGGACGGUAACUGGGGUCCAUGGUUUCCUUGGCAACCGUGCUCUCAGUCAUGUGGCGGCGGCACUCGUCUGCGACAGCGGAAGUGCAACUACCCUCCCCCUGCCUAUGGGGGGUCUCCCUGCUCCGGACCGGCUAAAAAUAGUCAGGACUGCAACGAGCAGCCAUGUCCAGUGGAUGGGAACUGGGGGGAGUGGUCCGAGUUCACGCUGUGCAGCGCCACCUGUGGCCUGGGUACCAAGAAGCGCAUGCGCGAGUGCGACAACCCUGCUCCAGCCAGCGGCGGGCGGAUGUGCGCCGGGUUACCGGUCUUCGCCAAGAAGUGUGAGAUCGCGAAGUGUCCACAGGACGGCGAGUGGUCACUGUGGACCGAGUGGUCGGCAUGCGCCACGACCUGCGGAGAAGGGCUGAGGUCACGCACGCGCACCUGCGACAGCCCCCGCCCACUGCAUGGCGGGAAGGAGUGUGAGGGCGAGCUGCGCAGACAUCCGCCUGUUUCAGCAGCAGACCAUGUCCUAUCGACGGAGGGUGGAGCGAAUGGAGCGAGUUCGGUUUUUGCCGGGCUCCUCGCUGCGAUACUGGUUUCCGCAUACGCACACGCGUGUGCAACAACCCUCGACCCCAGCAUGGCGGCGCCCAUUGCCAAGGCAACCAAUACGAGCGUGAAGAGUGCUUCAACGAACAAGAAUGCCCUCGUAACGGAUCGUGGUGUGAGUGGAGCGAAUGGUCGGCGUGUUCGGCGUCCUGUGCAGAGCAGACAUCACUGCAAGCUCGGCAACGCACGUGCACGUGUCCUGAACCUCGGUAUGGAGGAAUCGCAUGCGAAGGUGACAGCUUCACAGUCAGGGAGUGCGAAGACCUGCCUCGCUGCAGCACGUCCGAGGUGGACUCGACAGCUCGUAAAUGUAAAGGAACGGAAAUGGAGGGCUCGGGAUCGGACGCCGAGUGUGAUGAGGAGGAAGAACAAGACAGCCAAGACGGUGGCAGAUGGAGGUUACUAGUGAGCACACACCCGUCUGAGACGGUUACAGAAUCUUCCAGCAGCACCAGCCUACUUCUGUGGUUUGUCCUUUUGUCAACUGGUCUUGGGAAGACAAAUGAUGAAACCUAAGUUCCUUACAUUCAGCUUUUUCUUUGUAAAAGCGCCACCAAGACUUAGGUCGGAGAAUGUCGAGUUACAUGUACAUCCCCACUUUGUCUUCGUUUAUUAAUUGCUAUUUUGUUUUUAAUGAGGCGGUCACAUGACAUACUAUAGUAAUCAUAUCCUCGGCAUCCUUCAUCUUCAUUGUGUGCAGACUCCCCAGUGAGUUUGACUUGCCUUAUCUGCAAAUCUGUUUCGCAUGUUCUCACUUGUCAAAUUCUUAUUGAUGUGAUGUUUUUGUCACAAUGGAAAACUGUCCCGUGUUUGUUUUUAAAGUCAACAGACAGGUGUAUUUUGUGCCGUUAAUUUCCCAACACAUUGCUGGACAUGUGACCAUCAAGUACCAUGUUUGUAGAUGAUGUAGUUCAUUUUAAAUUAACGAGUUGUCACGUGUGUUGUUAAUAAUGCUACCAGUUUAAAACAUUAAAACACUCUGAAAAACCAUCA